AUAUAAAUCGACAUUUCACCAGUCUCGGUUUAAAAGUUUCAGUGUUGUACAUAUAUACAUUAACUUGGGAAAAUAUUCGCAAAGAUACCUUUAUAACAUUAUUUCGGUAUAAGGUAAUAAACAUCUCCUUCGCUUUAGGGUAAUGCUAGCUCACGGAUAUUACGAACAUCACAACAAUACAAGUUAACGAGUUUCUAAAUAUUUUUUUGUUUUGGAUUUUCUAUAAAGGAAGAAAGCUUCAACUAAUCAAACUCAAUGUUGUUUAACUAGAAAUCAAACUUGUCCAUUUGCGAACAUGUUUGUGUUAGAUAUCAAAUAAGAUUCGAUUAUGUAGUUUAGAUACAUUAGAAAUUUCCAAGGAUAUAUCUCUAUAGUUGAGUAACAGUUUCGACUAUUUAUAGUGACAUAAAUGCAAUGGAAUAUUAUAAGUUUCAAUUGUUUCGUCACAUACCUAUACAAGUACAACAUAUCUGUUGAAAUGUUAUAUGUUUGAGGUAACUCAAUAUAUUCGAACGGUAUGAGAAUGGGUUAGGCGAUUAAAUUUAAGAUGUUUAAAAUACACCUAAAAGUUCUCAAAUGAUCUGGAAUACAUAGUAAUAAUUUUUAACUACUACUCAAAUUAAUGAAAAUUCAUUUUCCCACUCUUAACGACUAUACUGUUUUAGCUAAAUUGAACGUUUCGUUUGACCAAAGCGAUGUAGUUACAUAUUUGUUGACAAUGUGAAACCCAUAAGUUAAAAUUGGACAAACGAGAUGUUACAUUUAUUGUCAUUGUCGACCAAAAAAAUUCAGAUUCAUAAAAUUAUUUCGCAAAUUGUUCUAGAAACACAUUGCUAGUUUUACGUACCUUAAUUAAUUAAAUCGUUAAAAACAAUUAAUAAAAUUAUUUAACUAUUCAAACUACUAUAUAACAUAUAUAGACCUUUCUUUUUUUUGAUCAACAACAUAUAUAGACUAUAGUCAUGAUUUUUAGUAAUAAUAUAUAUAUAUAUAGUGGAGUAUAUAUCUUAUAUUUAACGUUUACGUUAUAAAUACAGGAUUUGUGUAUGAACAUCAAUGGAAGAACAUACUAAUAUUGUAAAUUUGUAAUUCCGUAGUUCUUAUAUACGAAACUAACCAACUUGAGAAAGACGUGGAGAGAGGCGUAUAUAAAAUACACACGCAAGCCUCUAUCUUCUCCGCUUAACCUUUGUUCCAAUAAGCAUUUGCUAAAGCACUCUCAAAAUGUCACAUCCCUUGUUCAUUUACUUUCUAAUCUCUCUUUCCCUCUACAGAAGUUGCACUGCACAUCGCCACACAUUCACGGUUAAGGAAGUUCCAUAUAAGAAACUGUGUAGCACGAAGAAGAUUUUAACAGUUAAUGGUCGGUUUCCUGGACAAACUUUAAAGGUUUACAAAGGAGACACCAUUUACGUUAACGUUCGUAACCGAGCUAGUGAAAAUAUCACCAUGCAUUGGCAUGGUGUAGAGCAGCCGAGAAACCCAUGGUCAGAUGGACCAGAAUACAUCACACAAUGCCCAAUUCGACCUGGGUCUGACUUUAUUUAUGAAGUCAUAUUUUCCACCGAAGAGACGACUGUUUGGUGGCAUGCUCAUAGCUCUUGGACGCGUGCCACUGUACACGGUCUUAUUUUUGUGUAUCCUCGGCCCCCGAAAUCCCUCCCUUUUCCAAAAUCGGAUCACGAAGUCCCUUUGAUUUUUGGAGAGUGGUGGAAGAAGGAUGUGAGAGAAGUAGUGGAGCUGUUCAUGAGGACAGGAGGUGACCCAAAUGUGUCCGAUGCUUUGACCAUCAAUGGACAUCCUGGUUUCUUGUAUCCUUGCUCUAAAUCAGAUACAUUCAAGCUCAUGGUGGAGAAAAGCAAAACCUAUCGCAUUCGGAUGGUAAACGCCGCACUGAACUUAAUCCUCUUCUUCGCAAUCGCAAAACACAACCUCACCGUGGUUUCCGCCGAUGGCCACUACACCAAACCAAUAAACGCUACUUACAUCACCAUAUCUCCAGGCCAAACGCUAGACUUGUUAUUACACGCCGACCAAAACCCAAAAAGCACUUAUUACAUGGCCGCCAGAGCUUACCAUAGCAACCCUAACAUCAACUUCAACAACUCCACAACUAUAGGGAUCUUACGUUACACCUCUUCAACUUCAUCGUCUUCAAAACACUACCCAAACCUUCCUUAUUACAAUGACACAUCAGCAGCGUUUAGAUUCUUCACCAGUAUCAAAUGCUUAUACUCCGGACAAGUUCCCGUGAAGAUCUCACGUAGAAUAAUCUCGACGGUUUCAAUAAACAACCUUAUGUGUCCCAACAACUUGUGUGAAGGUCCAAACGGGUCGAGACUAGCGGCGAGUAUGAACAACAUAUCGUUCGUUACACCAAGUCACGUGGACAUACUAAAAGCUUACUAUUAUCACAUUAGGGGCGUUUACGGAACGCGGUUUCCGGAGUUUCCACCGCUGGUUUUCAACUUUACCGCGGAUGAUCAACCGUUGUUUUUGCAGACUCCAAGAUUUGCUACGGAGGUGAAAAUACUGAAGUUUGGGGAAAGUGUUGAGAUUGUUCUCCAAGGGACGAGUUUAGUUGGUGGUGGAAUCGAUCAUCCCAUGCAUCUCCAUGGUUUUAGUUUCUACGAGGUUGGUGUCGGGUUUGGUAACUAUAACGUAACUGAAGAUCCGUCGAACUAUAAUCUCAAAGAUCCUCCGUACAUAAACACUGCGACUGUGCCAAGAAACGGUUGGGUCGCUAUCAGAUUCAUAGCUGAUAAUCCUGGGGUAUGGUUCAUGCACUGCCACUUUGAUAGACAUCUCACGUGGGGAAUGAAAGUUGUCUUCAUUGUCAUGAAUGGAAGAGGACUAAACCAGCAGAUUCUGCCUCCACCUCCUAACUUGCCUCCUUGUUACUAAUCAAUAAUCCAAUUAUGUAAAAAUAACUAUCAUGUCUCUUAACCAAAAAUGACAUUAAUCUAUUGUAAAUUAUUGUUGUAUUAACCUAAAUUUACUCCAAUGUAAUAAUCCUAAAACUUUGUGUGAAUUAAUUUCCACAAGUUGAUUAAAGAAUAAGAAGAAGCAUUACUAAUUGA